AGCUGCGGGGCGGGUCGGCUGUGGCCUCCUACUCCGCGGCGGCGUCGAGGGUGGCGCAGGCUUCGGCCUAUGGCCUUGCUCCUGUCAGUUUGUAAUAACGAGCGGCUGCCCGGGACUCGCAGGAGUGGGUUCAGUGGUUCAGAAGUUCAGUUCCGUUCGCUACGGGGCCGGCGCUUUGUUCGGAACGCGACAGAAUGGGACUUCUCGACGGCACCGGAACCUUUGCCCACCCUUUCCAGGGCCAGUGAUAACUGGCCGAGGCGGGGAGAUACACCUUAGGGUCCCCUCCGGGUGUGGUAGUAAAGAUCUGACAAAAUCAGCAGCAACUAUCAUUGGUGUGUAACACAGAUCACAACAGUAUCUUCUCACUAGUGUUCUAAAAGCCAACCUGUGAACAUACAAAACUCUAUACACUUAGAAGAUGCCAUAUGUAUUUAUAAGUUUAGUUAAUUACUAAAUAUUUAUUAAAAGAGGGAGAGAGAACAGCAGAGGCAACCUGCCUGAGCAGACCUGCUUGGAAACCUUUCUGGAGCCAAAGUUCUUUUCCAGAGGGAGGACAGAGCAGGCAGCAGAGAUGAUGGAGAUGGGCUCAGCCACUUCCCACAGAGGAUUUGUUCCCUGGCAGGUGCUCCUGCUUACAGCCUCAGUUUUAAUCUUCUGGAACACACCUACCACUGCCAAACCAACUAUUGAAGCGGUGCCUUUUAAUGCUGCUGAAGGGGGAUCUGUUGUUCUAGUUGUCAGGAAUGUGGCAGGCAAAACUAGAUCCUAUCUCUGGUAUAAAGGUGAUGGGGCUUAUCCUGCUAAAAACAUUGCAGUAUUUAAGGUAUCUGAUCAAACAACUACACAUGGGCCUUUAUACAACCGUCGACAGAAAAUAUUCCUCAAUGGAUCUAUGAUGUUGGAUAAUCUCAAUAAAGGAGACCUGGGAGUUUAUACCAUACGAAUCAUAAUGCAGAAUUUUAUGAUGUUGCAAGCUACCGGAGGACAGUUUCAUUUAUACCGGCCAGUGUCGGAACCCACCCUCGAGAGCACCCACACCUCAGUCAGAGAAAAUGAUUCUGUGAUCCUGACCUGCUUGUCAAGUGAUCCUGGAAUCUCCAUCCGGUGGUUCUUCACCAACCAGAUUGUGCAGGUGACAGGGAGGAAGAAGCUGUCCCCAAACAAUGUCACCUUCACCAUAGACCCAUUCAAGAAAGAAGAUGCUGGGGAGUAUCAGUGUGUCGUCUCCAACCCUGUCAGUUCCAGAAAAAGUGGCAUCAUCAGGCUGUCUGUGAAACCUAAUAUACGAAAGAAAAGUCCUGGUCGCUCACAAUGGGGUAUUCUCCCCAUUGUGGUUGGAGUUAUGGCUGGGGUGGCUCUGAUGGGUGCCCUGGCAUGUUUCUUAUUUUUCAAGAAGAAGGAGGAGAAGGAGGAGGAGGAGAAGGAGAAGGACAAGAACAAGAAGGACAAGGAGAAGGAGAAGCAGGAGGAGGAGAAGGGUGAGACCAGGCCCCACGGACAACUCUAACAAGAUGGAUGAAACUGAACAUUCUUCCCAGAACUUCAGUGCCCUGCAAUCAAAGCCAUCAACUUCAGACGCCCCACCCCCCACAAUAAAUUUAUUCAGAAGUAAAAACGAUGUAACCUGUC